UGGUGGCUGGAAGGUGUUGCUGCUACACACUGAGAGACUGAGAGGAAAAGCGAGGUAUUUUCUCAAAAUAAUCAGACCCGAUCUGGAGAAAAUAAACGCAAUCAGAUUCCAAGGUGCCUUGGUCACACAAUUCUUGGCAGUACAGAAAGAUAAUCAAUCCCCACCCCAAUUUGGUGUGAGAGGAAUCCCAGCAAAUAGAGAGAGACAGGCAUUGCUUAACCCCUGCUCUGAACAACUGCACUGCCUUGUGUCGAUCCCUUCAACCGUACCAUUCCGUAGGAUGUCCCGUAGCCCCGACGUGAAGGAAGACCCAAUGGAGUGCCCUCUUUGCAUGGAGCCACUUGAAAUCGAUGACGUCAACUUUUUCCCUUGCACCUGUGGCUAUCAAAUCUGCCGCUUCUGCUGGCAUCGCAUCCGCACGGACGAGAACGGGCUCUGCCCUGCCUGCAGGAAGCCCUACCCAGAGGACCCAGCGGUCUAUAAGCCCCUUUCACAGGAGGAGCUUCAGCGGAUAAAGAAUGAGAAGAAGCAGAAGCAAAAUGAGAGGAAACAGAAGAUCACGGAGAACCGCAAGCACCUGGCUAGCGUCCGGGUGGUGCAGCGGAACCUGGUUUUUGUUGUUGGGCUUUCGCAGAGGCUGGCUGAUCCAGAGGUUUUAAAGAGGCCAGAAUAUUUUGGGAAGUUUGGGAAAAUACACAAAGUGGUCAUCAAUAACAGCACAUCAUAUGCGGGCUCACAGGGUCCUAGCGCUAGCGCGUACGUCACGUAUAUACGGUCCGAAGAUGCUCUCAGAGCCAUACAGUGUGUCAACAAUGUUGUUGUUGAUGGCAGAACACUUAAAGCCUCUUUAGGUACAACCAAAUACUGCAGCUACUUCCUGAAGAGCAUGCAGUGUCCCAAGCCAGACUGCAUGUACCUACAUGAACUAGGGGACGAGGCAGCCAGUUUCACAAAGGAGGAGAUGCAGGCGGGCAAACACCAAGAGUACGAGCAGAAGCUACUUCACGAACUAUACAAGAUGAACCCCAGCUUCUUACAGACCUCAGCCACUUUGGCAGAGAAAUCCAAGAGCAAGUCCAACUCCACACAGAGACCCAACAGCAACAGUAAAGAAGCCUGGCCAUCCUUACAGAGCACAGGAAAAACAGCCAAUGGGCUUGGCCUCGACCGCCGUAAGUCGCCUCCUCUCCUGGAUGGUGGGUCUGACUCAGAGCAUAUGACGCCAGAUGCGGAACUGGUUCUGGUCUCGGGGCCAUCCCUCUCCCCCUUCUCCUCCAGCUGUGAACCUGCUAGUCCGAAUGACAAGACCCCAGAAUCCAUCAGUAUUGGCAAUGGGGAGAAUUUACAACGGAUUUCCAAUAGUGACUCCCCCUCGCCUCCUCCUGGGCUCGCCAAGACUAGCCUGGUGGUGCCCAUCAGCUUGUCCACGAUCACGGCACGCUCCCCCUUUGAGGGGGCGGCUGCCGAGUCACAGUCGCUCUUCUCAGACAACAGUAACUUUCGGCAUCCCAACCCUGUCCCAAGUGGCCUAGCCCCCUUUCCUGGUGGCCCACAGGGCAACCCAGACUGGCCCACUGCACCAGAGCCCCAAAGCCUCUUCACCUCAGACACAAUACCUGUAUCGUCCUCCACUGACUGGCAAGCAGCUUUUGGCUUUGACUCCUCCAAGCAGCAGGAGGAUGACCUUGGCUUUGACCCUUUUGACAUCACCCGUAAGGCCUUGGCUGACCUCAUUGAGAAGGAGCUCUCAGUUCAGGACCCGCCACCAACCCAAUCGCCAGCUGGCCCACUUCAUGGCCCCCCGCGCAGCCUGUCAGGUAAGGGGGUCGCCACUAUCGGCCCCCUGCCCCAGCGUCCAUCACAGCUGCAGCACCGUGCAGUCUUCAAUUCCUUCAGCUUCCCAGGUCCAGCUGCCCGCUACCCCUGGGCAGGAGCAUCUGGGAGAAACAGUGUCACGCACUCGAACCACACGGCCAACGCCACCUCAAACAGCCACUUCCUGGACUUGAGUUUGCCAAUGCAGCAUAACACUGCGCUGGGCGGCAUACCUAUUACAGAAGGAAGUGGCUCUGUUGAAAGCCUAAAUGUGAAGGAGUGGCAAGAUGGUCUGAGGGCACUCUUGCCCAACAUCAACAUCAACUUUGGGGGCCUGCCCAAUUCCUCCUCUUCUUCCUCAUCCUCCUCCAGCGUUAACCAUACAGGUCCACCGCUUGGCUCAGGACCGGUCUCACACAGCCUCAGUUGGGAUGGCACGGCAAGUUGGAUGGACCCCGCAAUUAUAACAGGUGUCCCAGCAUCCUCAGGCAACAGUUUGGACUCUCUCCAGGAUGACAAUCCGCCACAUUGGCUCAAGUCCCUGCAGGCGCUCACAGAGAUGGACGCUCCCGGCUCCACUGCACCCCCCCAGCCCCCGCACAGUGCCCCAUUCAGCGCACAGAUACCCCUCCACAGAGCCGGCUGGGCACCUUACCCACCACCCAGCGCAAAUCCCACCAGCCAGUUUCACUCCCCCCCACCCGGCUUCCAGACCGCCUUCAGACCCCCUGGCCAGACCCCCACAGAUCUGCUACAGAGUGCCGCCAUGGACCGCCACUAGGGACAGCAAACAGCCGGCAAGCCCGGCGACAGACCUCCCAUCAUCCAAUUACAGAAUAUUAACAAAAUAACACCAUUAUAUAUUCUUUUUCCCUGUAUCUUUUUCUCAUGGUGUUUGCCCUAUCCCAGUCCCUCUCCCUGUCUUUCUCUAAACAUGACAUCAUGAGUAGCUGUUUUUGGAAGCCGUUAGGGUGUUGAGGUAGGUGGGGGAGGGGCAUAGACGUGAACACAGCCAACUUAUCACAAAGCCACCUGACAGAAGGAGUUCUGGAGGUAUGGUACUGAUACAUGAGAGUGACUGGACUUCAUAUGUUACACUAACAGUGGUGUGAAAGUGAUCAGAAUUAUCUUGAAAUGAGGACUGGAGAUUCCAUCUUUAACUGAGAUGCAUUUGCCUUUAAAUCUAUGCCAAAAAUGGACCUUCUCCCAUACCCUUAGGGGUUUAGAAUUAGGGGAUGGUCUGGGUAAUGUUAGGUAAUUUAUAUUCAACAGUAAAUAAAUGAGGAGAAUCAUAAUGGGGCUCCUUGUAGAAGUUUCCUGACACAGAGCUCAUAUUUAGCUUGAGCAUUGUUUAUAAAGCAUCUAAGCUCAGUCUUCCCCUUUGAACAUGGUUAUGAAGAAUACCUGAAGCAUAGAUGAGUUACAUCCUGUCACUGGUGUUUGUUAGGGACCUGCUUGCCCCUUCUGUCUCUAUGGAGAUCUUACUGAAGCUCUGUAUCAGAAGCACUGUGUCCUCUUGAGACUGAAGGGGGUAAAAGGGUGAAUGGGUCGAAUGCCAAGGGGAGAGCAGGCACACAUACAAACCUUUAAGCUUAGGACUAGUUUCUAGCUACAAGCCACAGAACUGGAACAUUGAGCUCUAGCUGUCAAAGCUAGGAAGGGUCAGUUUCUCCUGGAGGUGAUAGAAGUUCUCAGGCCCCGAGAAGUAUUACUAAAAUCAAACGGUGCCUGAAAACAAGAGCGUUCUCCAGAUAUCUGGCUUUUCCUUCAUGCUGGUAGCAAAGGGGACAGUCCUCUUCCAGCUUUUUUGUUUGGUGACAAGGUGUUCGGUUAAGUAAAAUGAAUAAAAACAAAGGUGUGGUGAUCGAGAUGUAAAGGGUUUUUAUGUUCAUUUUGUUAUACUUUGGUUUAUGUUAAAGAAUGGAAACCUCAGCUUUUAAUGAAAAAUGGAACCACCAGGGUGAACUGUUUGACAUGGGAUCCUCCAUCCUCCCAUCACCAUGUCAGUGUCGAUUAUGUUCAGGAUUCUAGAUGUUGGGAUAGUGGCACUUUAGGGCAACAGAAAUGACCACCAAGUCUCUGGGGUCGAUCUGUGUCCAUCCACUCUUUCUUUUGUCUUAAUUCUUUAUCAACUGUAGGUUCUUGCCACUGUCCAGUAUUCAACAGUAUUCAUAAGAAAAGUAAAAAAAAUUCAAAGAAACCAGUGCAGUUAACCAUGGAUUUUACAAGAUGCUAAAAAAUUAAAAUGAGAUAAUGGUAUUGUACCU